AUGCAAGGCAAGUCCUGGGGGAGUUUCAACCUUAAAUCUGCCACUGUACAAUUGUAUAGUUUUCUCUCUAUCCCCAUCCUCCCACAAUACCACAAUAAUGGCCAGCUCCUCACGCAAGGCACCCCGACCUGCAAAGCGCACUGCGGAUCUGCCGGCUUCUGGCCGCGCGCCCAAACGGACCAAUACCAACAGCCGCACGACUCCGACACCCUCUCCGAGCCUUGCCUCUGCAUUGAAGUCACCUAUCGCAUGCGCGGUUCCUCCCCGCUUCAGACCCUCACACGACAGGACCCAGAAGACGACUCAGAUGAGGAGCCGGAAGACAUCCCCUACUACUCCGACGAAUGGCUCGCCAAGCUUGAAGCACUCAAUGCGGGCGACAAUGUCCCCGAACAAAUUAAGAAAGGUGUCAAAGACAUCUACUUCGGCUGCCGCUCGAUUAUUCGCAUGGCAGGCAUGUAUACACCCUUCUCGGUCGUUCUUCCCCGGGCCGUAAUCGAGUAUGGCAGAGACCCGGAAGUGUGCGUUGCUGUCACCACGAAGAAAGGCAAUACAAUGGCCCGGUACCGCGAUGUCUUCCCGAUCAUCUUCCAAUACCUCGACGAGUUCGAGGACCAUAUUCCAUACUUGAAGCAGUAUCCGAAGAUACUCGGGAAGUUAUCUAAUUAUAUCUCACAGCUCCGAGUCACCUCCCGCAGUGACGAUAUCAGCCGUUCGAAGAUGUAUCUCACCUACUACGUAUCCAUCCCCGUGACAUCGACUGGCGAGACUGACAUCAUCGAGGACAAGUCUCAUAGGGGGUAUCACGACGUUUACGGGUGCGCGAGCCUGUUGGUUCCUAUCGGCAAGGAGUAUAGGGCUUAUCUUGCAGAUCCCGAAGGAUACUGUCGACAAGUCAACAAUGGUCAACGUCUCAUCACCCCGGACCACUUUCCCCGGGUAUUCUAUGACCUCGACAUGCUGAAGGAUACCACGGUGCCCAUCCACGAUGUGUUCCUUCGCUCAAAUGAGCUCCUCAAGUUCUACCGCGCACUCUACCUUGGCCCGAAGGCCGAGAAGUUUAAGACGUCGAGCUCCAAGCCUCGUGGUCAGAAGUCCGUCGCCGCCAAGUCCGACACUGCACAUUCAACCGUGCAUUCCAUCAUCUACGCCGCCUCUCUGUUGCGAUUCACGCUCAGCUCGCAGCAGUCCUGGGAAGAGACUGACGUCGGCUGGGUCAACGAGUUGUUCUCCAACGCAGUCCUGGACCUCGGCAUUAGGAAGCCCGACUGGAAGAGUGACCUUCUCGAGUUCUACGACAGAGAGAUCUUCUCGCCCGUUGCGGAGGCUCGCGACUAUGUCAUGGGGGCCGACCCAGAUUCGGCCUUUGCCAUCAUGAUGGCAGCAUGA